AUGCCAAAUCCUUUUGAAUACAUUCGCAAUAAAGUACAACAACACAACGUUGUUCAACUUGCAAAAAUUUGUAACCAAACUUACCUAAGUAUGUUGAGCGCUAGAAAUUUUGAUGAUUUAUUGCAUAAAGUUCUAAUCAACCCUCACAUUGCUAUUCUUGUUCUUCAAGUAUCAAAAAAAUUUAGCGAUAUGCCUGCCCUCGUAAUCCAGUGGAAUAACGGCGGUUUUAAUGACGUGCCCGCAUCACCCAAUAAUCGAAACGGAGUUGCUGGACAGAACCGAAAUGCAAUAAUCAACUUUCUGACGGCAAAUGGGGCAAUAAAUUAUCAUGAUACCGUUUUCUUGUUUAGAGAUGGCCCAGCACUUGCCACAUGUGAACAUAAUCUACCUCAAUGGGUCCGUCAUCAGGCUGCAAUUCCUGAUAUAUGUACCGCAGCAAUUAGAAUUAACAGUAUAACUGUCGGAGGUGGAAGUCGAAUUGAAUUUGAACCUUUCGAUCAAGCGUUUAAUAGAUAA